GAAACCUGCUCCAUGGAAAGGCUCGGAAAACCUUUCUCCUCCGUUCAAACACCGCGGUCAAGUGAGCCGACAUCUGCGGAAGUGCGGUCUCGCUAGCCGUCUCUGACUUUGCAUGCGCGUUUACAUCAUAGUUUACGGUCCACACCCCCAGCGAGCUAAAAAGACGUUUGACAGAGAAACAAUCACUCCAGCUCCCCGGGGUGCUUCCAGAUUCCAGUUGGCUUUCUAGCAGGGACAGAGCGGCGCCGUCCUGCAUGGCUGCAUCAGACGUCGGCAUGAGUGAGGUGGUGAUCGUCACCCUUCCAGAGGCCGUGGAGCUCCCGUCGGUGGUGGAGGAGGACAAAGCCGUGCUGGUGACUGCAGAGCUGGCACCUCAGGCUGGGGAGGACGUGCUCACCGUGGCGCCCGUGGAGGCCGAGGCCAGCGACGCAGCUUCUCUGUCAAAGGAAGAGACGGUCAUCGUGAAGUUAUCGGAGGAGGUGGACGUGGAGGCUGACGUCUUCUACCCCAUCACCUGUGGGGACGCCAAAGCCACGCUGGUGUGGAAGAAGUUUGUGUGUCCUGGGAUCAAUGUGAAGUGUGUGCAGUUCAACGAGCAGCUCAUCAGUCCCAAAGAGUUUGUGUGUUUGGCGGGAAAGUCCACGCUGAAGGACUGGAAGAGAGCCAUUCGGCUGAACGGCACCAUGCUCAGGAAGAUCAUGGACUCUGGUGAGCUGGACUUCUAUCAGCACUCUAGGGUCUGCUCCAACACCUGCCGCAGCACCAAGAUAGAUCUGGUGGGAACUAAGGUAUCCCUCUGCAGCGAUCAGUCGGACGUGCUUUCUGCAGCCUCGUCCUCCGCUGACCUGAACGGAGCCGCUGCAUCUUUGUCAGAGGGGAUGGAGGAACCCUCAGAGUGGGUCACAGCGAUUGGAGAGGACUCGGUGACGUUCUGGCGGGCUGUGAAGGAGGCGGGUCUGCUGGAGGAGGUGGUGGAGGACUUUCAAAAGGAGCUGCAGGAGGUGUUGAAAGGUCUGCAGGAGAGGGUGUAUGAUCCUCCUCUGCAGGUGAAAGAUGCGGUUCUACUCAACAACAUAGUGCAGAACUUCGGCAUGUUGGACCUGGUGAAGAAGGUUCUGGCGAGUCACAAAAACCAGAUGGACCACUACAGGGAGCAGUACACGCGCAGCCUCGUCGCUCUGGAGCAGCAGUGUGACGAACACAGGAAGCGGGCCAAAGAGCUGAAGAGUAAAUCGCAGCACCUGAACAACGUCCUGAUGACCCUCACGCCCGUCACCCCCCCACCCGCUCUCAAGCGCCCCCGGCUGACCCGUGCCGUUUCUGGCCCCGCCACCAUUGGUGCCGCUCCCACCCAGAUCACGCUCCCUCUCAGCCAGCUGAGCGGACUGCCGCUGGGAAAGGUUCUGACCAUGGCAGGAGGCCAGCCAGGCGCCAGCCUCGCCGGCUACACCCUCCUGACCUCCCCGCUGGCCGGGUCCGAGCUGGUGGCCGACGCCUCCAACGUCGCCCUCCUGUCGCCGGGUCAGGAGGGCGCAGCCGGCGCCGGCUGCUCCGCUUCCUCUGCAGCUUUCGUGAAGAUGCUGGGACCCCAGUUCCAGCUGGUCACACUGCCUUUCGCCGCCUCACAGGGCGCCGCCGUGCAGCAUCAGGUCACCGGCGUCAUGGUGGACGCCAUGGAAACAGCUGCUGAGGAAUCACAGGAGGAAAGCCUGCCUGAUGGAGAGAACGAAGGUCAGCCAGAUGAGGUGGGGGAGGAGCACCAGUGAGGGGGAGGACAGCUGCCCCCCACUACCCAGCUCCUGCUGAACUGUCACUCAAGCUGCAGAGAUGUUUGUGUGUGGGGGGGGUGUCUGAUGUGUGUUUGUGUACAAAUUUACUCCAUGACCCUCCGUGUUAUUAAACCUUCAGUUCUCAGAGCAGCCGGUAGAUGUUGGACUCCUGAAAGGUCCGGCAGGGUUCUGGGCAGCAGAACCGGACUCACGGUAUCUGUGCUUCCAGCUGCAGGACGCUUUCCUCUGCUCCUUCACCGCCAGAACUGAGCAGAACUGCACCGAGUCCUCAGCAGUCCCAGAAUGCUCCUUGGUGUGGAGAGAGAGCUCCUCUUUUUAUCGUGACCCGAUCAGAUUCACUGCAGCCGGGAACAGAGACCGGUGUGACCAGAACAGCCUUCUGGACCACCAGACCUUCCAACUGGUUUUUCCUGAUACCUUUGUAAGAUUCCCUCAGAUGGAGAGAACUUCUUCUUCUAGUCCUUUUUUAAGAGUAGAAACAAAGAAAGGAGCUUCCUCACACUCUCCUGCUGUGUCACCAGAGGAUCUGCAGACAUCAAACUGUUUGAUCGUUCUCUGACGUUUGCAGUAGAGUCAGUUGUCCCGUCAGUGUGAGCAGGAGGACGCAGCUCCAGUCCCAGAGGGGACAAUGUCAGGAAGGUUCUGGGUCAUCUCCUCAGGUUCUGCUUUUUGUUACUCACCCAUCAGUUCACGUGUGAAGAGAAGUGAACCAGAAGAGCGCCUACAAAUAAUUCUGGAAGCCUGCUGUUUCACGUCCCACUCCCAUCCUCCUUUGAUCUAUUUUCAGAGUCUUCCCAGUGGUUUCAUUCAAAUUAUGCUCUUUUAGCCCAAAUCAGAAAAGGUCUUCUCCAUGUUCUGAACAUGGAACCACCUCUGAACCCAGAUCCAAGAGUCACAGCAGAACUUCAGUCAUGAGACGUGUUGCUACAGGGAGGGGCUCCCGGGUCUGACCUGCAGGUCUUCAGGGUUCUCACCAGUUCACUUCUGGUCCAGGAACUGCCUGUCAGGCAGACAGACACAUCACCUCAAAGUCCUGACAUGAACCAGCAGUCUGUCUGCCUUCCUGUCUGUUUGCCUUCUUCUUUGUCUGUCUGCCUUCCUCUCUGCCUGCCUCUCUGCCUCUCUGUCUGUCUGUCUUCCUUUCUGUCUGUCUGUGUUUCUGCCUUCCUCUCUGCCUUCCUGCCUGUCUGUCCUCUGAGGUCAGCUCCACACAUAGAUUCUGUUAUAGAUCUGGGAUGUCUGUGAGCAGAGAUGCAGAGUGAAUGUCUGCGUUGAGGCUGAUGUUCUGAGUCUGACUGCCUUCAUCAUUUGUUGAAGUCUUCCUCAGGUCAGUGGUUUCACUCUCAUGAUUCAGAUCAGGAUUUCAGUCUCUAAGUCCACGGCUGACUUUGGAUUUUCACAAUGCAGACUGAGGACAAACAGGAAAUGAAACUUUUUGUGGAAAUGAUGACGGCACACUUGAGUCAGUGAGUCUGGAUCUGCCAUCUGACAUUUCAACUUUUAAUGUGUAGAAAUAAAGGAUGAAGAAUUGAUACACAA